AUGCCUCGACCCAAGAGGCCGGGUGCGCCGGAACCCAAGAAACGGAGCAGGAAUGGCUGUUGGCCGUGUAAAGCCAGGAAGGUGAAAUGUGGAGAAGAGAAGCCUCAAUGCGCAAACUGUGAACGCACAGGUGAGACCUGUGAUUAUAGCAUCAAGCUCAACUGGGAGGGGAGGAAAAAGAAGAACCCCGGCUUCGAGACCAUCCUGUUCCAGGUCCCGUCGGGAUCUCCUUCGAGUUCACAACAAGGUGCGCGGCGUCCAUCUGAUGGUUCGUCAGCAGCGACGGCGCCACGCACGGCAGAAGGGCAGUCACCGUCGACGAGCAGCUUCCGGACUGCUGAACAAGACAGCUCCCCAGGCCCCGGGCCCACGGCGGGCCCGUCUCUCGGCACAGAUUCCAAGGCCUCGUUCCCGCCGUCGAGCGUCUUUGCUGCUCAGCCCGGAGAUCAUGUUCGCAACAAAUCGGACGAGGCAACGUUCUGCCCGCCUGGCUUUUCCGGCCCGGCACUAUUGCUUCCCCAGCCUCACAGUAGCCGUCCAAAUUCCAUCGCCCCGGCCUACGCCACCCCCUCAGAAAGCAGUAACAGCGGGAUGGUACGCCCGCCUCCAACCAAGCGUCUGAAAUACAGCGUCGACCUCGAUAUACCUUCGCAGAUCUCGUCGCCGACCGAAUCCAUCUCCGCAAGCGCCACGCCCCACGUAUUCCCCAGCAUCACCAGCAACGGGCUUGCAACGACCACCACGGCCUCGUCGCCGCUGACACCAGCUGCCUCCUCGCCGUACAGUGACGGAGGGCGUCGGGCCUCAUCCAGUCACGGGAUGCUAGGGUCUCCAGAAGUCCGGAAGAUGUCAGUCAACUCGCUUCUCUCUGGGCCUCCUGGGCCGGUGGCACGGCAGUACGCACCACCAUCCGAGAGGGCGGUCAAUGCCACGACCACCCUGUGCCUGUCGCAGGUCACCACAUACUACGGUGUCGACCCUGGUUUCAGGGACCUCGACCUGGGCAAGAACGACGACGCCCACGCCAUCAUCAAGUCAUUCGGGGACUCGACUGCCGAGGAUGACAUGAAGGCGGUUGAAUCCAUCAGGACAGAAGAGAUGAGCGUGACGAGGCCACGAGGGUAUUACAACCGCCCCAUGCCAGUCCGGAUCCCCCAAGACCUGGAGCCCCUGCCAUCCAAGCUGCGCGACAACCCAAUGAACCUGCUAUACUUCCACCACUUCAUGAACCACACUGCCAAGGCGCUUGUGCCUCACGACGACGAGCAAUCCAACCCGUACAGGCAUGUCCUGCCAAUGAUGGCCGUCCAGAACGACAACCUGCUAAGCCUCAUGCUGGCGUACUCUGCUUCUCAUCGCGCGCACCUGCUGGACCAGCCAGAGCCAGCCAUGCGGAUAGCACACUGGGUGCAGGACAUAUUCCCAGCCCUGCGAGCCGCCCUGAACGACCCGAAUCAGAAGAUAUCCAACGCCAACAUCGCAACCGGCAUCCUGCUGGCGUCUCUCGAGAUAGUCAGCCCGACCGCGUUCGGCUACACGAUCCCGUGGCAGCGGCACCUGGGGCUUGCGCGCGAGCUCAUCGCCUCGAGGCCGGACGGGAUCCGCUGGUCGCGGCGGUGGACUCAGGAGGACCAGGUCCGCGCGUUCCUGUGGAGCUGGCUGGCGUUCCUGGAUGUGCUGGGCACGCUGAGCGGGGGCCGGAGGGAGAGCUCGACGGCGUGGAUCCUGGACUACCAAAAGGAUGACUACGAGGAGGAGUUUGACGAGAUCGACUGCCUGAUGGGGAUGACGACCCGAGGGGUUUACAUCCUGGCCAAGGUGGCGGAGCUGGUCAAGGCGUGCGACGCACUACGCAGCAACGGCGGCGGCGUCGGCGCAGCGGAGCCGCCCUUGCCGCACCCACACGGGAUGCCCAGUGGCAGGGAGUGGCGGCCGCCCAAGGAGAUAAUAACACGGGCGUGGGAACUGGAGGACGAGGCCAAGCGCAGCAUGAUCCUACCGCCGCAGCCGUGCAAGCAUCUGCACGCGUCGGGGGAUGUUGUCCGGUGGGACGGGCGCGAGAUAGCGGCGCUCAACGAGGCAUACCACUGGGCCGGGCUGGUCCACCUGCACCGGCGGGUGCUAGGCAAGCCAUCGAGCCACGAGGACGUGCAGGCGGCGGUGCUCAAGAUACACGCGUGCGUCGACUGCGUGCCGCUCGGGGGGAGCGCUGAGAACAGCCUGCUGUUUCCGCUCUUCACGGCCGCCUGCGAGACAUUCGCCGACGAGGCGCGAAGGGCCAGGAUACGUGAGAGGCUCGGAAGCAUGGCCCGCAGCGGGUUCCUGCAGGUUUCCAGGGCCAAGGAACUGGUCGAAAAGGUGUGGGAGAGCGGUGGGUCUUGGGAUGAGAUGGUGACGACGGAGUAUAUCGGGUGA